CAACAUUGAAGACCUGUAAAAAACAAAAACACCCGAGACUGGAACUAAUUUUAGCAAAUUUUAUAGCGCAGAUUUUAGAUUUGAAGAAAUGCAGUUCGUUACAGCUGAAUAUUAUGGUUGAUAAUGAAAAGCAGAGUCAGUGUUAUCUUGGAGAAACUAGCUGUUUGUGAAAUAUGGAUAUUAUUCUUCCUGUCGGUUACAGACGGAAAGUCCACGAAACUAGUUGGUAUGGAUAAGAAAAAGGUCUGUCGUGAUAGCAACUCUGUAAUGGUCGAUUAUAUAAAGGAGACAGAGUCAGCAUUGAUACUAGCCAAGACCGUGGAGUACAAGGAUGCAUCUGCGUCCAAAGACUGCAAUGUCAUCCUGAGUCCGGACAGUCAAAGCAACAAACAGUUCCUGCUCCUUGAGUUCGAGAGCUUCCACAUGCCAGAUUGUGAUGUCGAACUCAUCAUCCACCAAUGUCCAUUUGUCACGUUCGAUCGUGACAUCAUUCUCAUGAGUCGCUUGGGUUGUAAGGACAGAAAUCCUAAAUCUUUGAUGACAAAGAAGAAACAUAAUGUACGGUUUAUACUGCACAGAGAAUAUGUAACACCAAAGAGGGUGUACAACUUCAGGAUCAAUGUCACGCUCACAGGUAAGACAUACUGUACAGAGAAUAUGUAA